AUGUCGUCCCAACCGAGCGAUCCCUACUGUGUGUUCGGUUACGAUUUCAGACUCAAGAAAGAUCCAAUGAAGGCGUUGUUGACCACUCUCGGAGUUCCAUUUCUGUCGAAUGACACCAAGGACGUCCUGAGAGCAAAGCUAGAAAAGUACUACGGCUUGGAGGUGAUGCGACAGGGAAAGUUCCCGCUGGACGUCUGCUUCGAAUUAGAUCCGCGCGAAUACUCUGAAUCGGAGCUGCGCAUGCUUCUUAGCACCUCCGACAUCAAGUACGACGACCUCGCAGACCAUGGCACGCUCGCUGAUAUCGUUUCUCACAAUAUCACCACGAUUCGCAGACAAGUACAGCGGGCAUUCAACCAAAACCCGGGGAAUCAUCUUUUGGCGGAUUUGUUCAUGACCGAUGCUAUGAACGAUUUGACCGAGGGUGUUCAGAACAUGAGUGCGUUUGAUAGAGGUCCUAGCAGCGCCACGCCGUCGCCGCCCUCCCUGCCAGUGCACAGCGGUGUCCUUUGGCCCAAAGCCUCGUCCGCACCUGCCCGGAAGAAAUACUCUCGCACGUCAUCACCAUCRGCGCCCUCCCAUCAACAAAUCUCUCACACCUCAGCACCUUUCAUCCACCCCGAGCAGACGAAUCCUGUGCGCUCAUCACAAUUCGAUCAGCCGGUAGGGGCGAGCACCCGUGCUUCUUCUUUACAUGGCGAUCGCUCCCAGCAUGGCAGCCCCUCCGAAGUAAAGGUCCGAACUUCUUCCCCGUUCGACCGGCAUUCGCAGCAAGCGAGCCCCGAUCUCUCCUCGCCAUUCGAUCAGCCAUUAUCCAGUCAAUUCCCGGAGUGUGCCAGCGACUCCUCUCCGGGGCCGCAGAUUCGGAGGUACGCAGGCAGCCAGAUAUCUACACCAAGCCGCUCUCUCAACGCACGCAGUCCCAGCCAGAGCAAGAUCACCCCCGAGUUGGUCAAGCUCAUCGAGAAUGGAUAUAUCACUAUAAUCCAGAAGCUGCAGAGAGGCGAUUUUGUUGGCGCUGUUACCGCAUCAUAUGAUCGCGCGGAUGAACUGUCACGCAGCGUCAAAGAGUGGGCUUCCUAG